AUAUCAAUGCGUCACUUCCCUGCGAAUCUAGAACGAAUGUAAGUAUAGUGAGAAGCUCUGUGAGUAGGAGGUAGCCACGUCUGGGGUGGCCUGGAGGGUUAUCGACGUGGUUUCAGCGGUUUCCGCCCAGUUUUUGGUAGUAUAGCGAGAGCACUUCAGACAAUGUCAGAAAAGUGUACACAGGAUGUUGUGCAGUUACGGAGUACGGACACGGGGAUUGUGUUCCCCUCCUUCAAAGGGCGCGUGAGGUUAGCUUAACCUCCUAGCGCACCUGCGUAAUUGGGUGCAUUAGUAAUGCAAUUUUAUGGAUAUAUGGGUAAGCAUCAGGUAUUGUAGGCAACAAUUCCUCUACACUCUGCAUGUUCCCAACUAUCUCAAUUCGAUCACUUCUUCAAGCCCUCAAACUCUGAACAAUACACUCGCAACCAUGCCAAUCCCAAUCCUCUACGACAUCCCCAGCAAGAAACCGCUCGAGAGCUGGUCACUGAACCCAUGGAAGACCCGCCUCGCCCUCAACUUCAAGAAAAUCGACUACCAGACCGAAUGGGUCGAAUACCCAGCCAUCGCGCCCCUCCUCAAGUCCUUCGGCCUCCCCCCCAACGACCCCACCGACCCCGACUACUUCACCGCCUACUCCAUCCCCACCGUGCGCUUCGACGAGCGCACCUACGUCAUGGAAUCCAAGGCCAUCGCCGCGGAGCUCGAGCAGCGCUACCCAGACCCGCCACUGCACCCAUCCGCCCCCCUCGUAGCUGAAGUCCAGAAAGCGGUCAAUGCCGCCUUCGGGCCGUUGACGCCCAUCCUCAUCUCCGCUAUCCCGCGCAACCUCCUCACGGAGACGUCGGCGGGGUGGUUCGAGGACGACCGCAAAGCGCGGAUGGGCGGCGUGAGUCUGGCGCAGAUGGAGGCGGAGAAGGGGGGGGAGAAGGCGUGGGGCUUGGCGGCGGAGCCGGCGGCGGCGUUGGCGGCGCUGCUUAAGAAGAACGAGGGCCCGUUCUUGGGGGGCGAGAAGGUUCAGUAUGCGGACUUUCUGAUUGUGAGCUUUUUGCAUUUUGUGAAGCGGGUUGAUCAGCGGCAUUUUGAGAGAUUCGUUGCGCUUGAUCCGGCGUUUGCGGCGAUCUAUGAUGCGAGUAAAGAGUGGCUCGCUAGGGGGGAUCAUUAGAGCACUGGGCUUUGCACCUGGAGGUUGAACUCGAUUAUUGAACUUGAUUUCAGUAGCCGAGGAUUUUUCCCAGUCUUCGUGACGCUGUUGGGAGAGUUCAAAAAUCGCAUACACAAUGACAAUACUGUGGUGCUGACGUCGCUCUUGAAGCUUGGCUAAUGGUGCAUGUAAUAUUGGGUAUGAAUGCCUGAAAACAACAUGAUUGAAUAGCUCCAACAAGGCUCUAUGCAGGAAAUAUCCACACGGAC